CUGAACCAGCUGAAGCGUUUGCUAUCACUUACGUGCGCGCCAAAAAUUUCUAACACGCGCGAACACAAUUCUCAGUCCACCGAAUACACAGGGGCUAAAAACAAUUUGGAUUGAAAAAUUAUUUACAGGCGCCAAAGUUCUUUUCUAGCGCCAAAGUUCAUAGGACUGCUAUAAAUACAACUGCUUAUCGCAUUAGCUUGCCAUCCACUCGAGAGGGAUGUCACCAAACAAACACUCUUCAUGGCCAUAGACUUGAACUUAGCACCAGUAGAUGUAGACCUAUUUGAUCUCAAUGAAGCCGCCGCCGUGGAAGAUGAACAAGCUGCUGCUGUUGAAGAUGAACAAGCUGCCGUCGUGGAAGAUGAACAAGCUGCUGCCCAAGUGGAUGUCCAAGAUGCUGCCCCAGAAGAUGUACAACCUGCUAGACAUCAUUUUGAUUUGAAUAUUCCUGUCUUUGACGAACAUGAAGAAAUACAUGGAGAUGAUGAAGACUACGGUAAUAACCAGAGAAGAGAAUUGACUAAUGAGCAAAGGCAGCAGAUAUAUGAAGCUUUGCUUUCCCUUAGUAAUAGAGGCAAGAUGAAGAGAGACACAACCACUCUGGUUGCUCAAAUAUUCAAUGUGAAAAGGUCUUUAGUACAAGCUAUUUGGCGUAGAGCUAAAGAAUGUCGUGAACUAGGAAUACCAAUUGAUGUUAGUUCAAGGAAACCUAAAAAUUGUGGCCGCAAAAAAAUUCAAGUAGAUUUGUCUCAGGUUGCGCAUGUCCCUUUGAGAAGAAGGCGCACCAUACGGUCACUUGCAUCUGCUAUAGGUAUGAAGAAAAGUACACUUCAUAAGUGCUUGAAAGAAGGAAAGCUUAGACGUCACUCUAGCUCACUUAAACCAUAUUUGAAGGAAGCAAACAAAAAACAGAGGCUGCAGUUUUGUGUCUCAAUGCUUGAUGAGAGUACACUGCCACAUAACCCAAAAUUUAGGGAUAUGCGUAACAUCGUGCACUUAGAUGAAAAAUGGUUCAAUGGCACAAAAAAAACAAGGACUAUGUAUUUGACACCAGAUGAAGACGAUCCACACAGGACUGUGCAAAACAAAAACUUUAUCACCAAGGUGAUGUUUUUGUCUGCACAAACCAGGCCAAGAUAUGAUCAUGAAGGAAAUUGCUACUUUGAUGGAAAGAUAGGCUUAUGGCCUUUUGUUAGAGAGGAUCAAGCAAAAAGAAGAAGUCAAAACAGAGAGCGAGGGGAUCCUGUAACCAAGACUAUGAUAGUUGACAGGCAAACGAUGUAAUCAUAUUUGAUUGGUAAAGUACUGCCAGAAAUAAAAAGAUGUUGGCCUAGAGAAAGCAGAGGUGAAACAAUAUGGAUCCAACAAGAUAAUGCAAGAACACAUGUUCCUGCUGAUGAUCCAGAUUGGCUCCUCGCAGUCGCCCAAACAGGACUCGAUAUUCGGCUUAUGCACCAGCCUCCUAAUUCACCAGAUAUGAAUAUCCUCGAUCUUGGUUUUUUUGCCUCUCUACAAUCGAAGGCAGAUGACCUUAAUUCCAGUAGUUUGAAUGAUCUCAUAGCUAAUGUUCUAGCGGAAUAUCAAAAUUAUAAUCCAUACCUAUUGAAUAGGGUGUUCCUCACACUCCAAGGCAGCCUGAUCGAGGUCAUGAAACAAAGAGGUGGAAA